AUGACUAUUACUAAUUUAAAAUCUUCAAAUUUAUUUAAACCACUUCAAGUUGGUAAUGUACUUUUGAAAAAUAGAGUGGCUCAUUUACCAACUACUAGAGCUAGAUCUACACCUGAACAUGUUCCAACUGAUUUACAAUUAACUUAUUAUACUGAUAGAGCUGUUUCUCCUGGUACUUUAUUAGUUACUGAAGCAACUUUUGUUUCGGAAGGUUUAGGUUUAUAUGCUAAUAUUCCUGGAAUCUGGAAUGAAAAACAAGUUCAAGCUUGGAAAAAAAUUACUGAUUCUGUUCAUGAAGCUGGAAGUUUUAUUUCAAAUCAAUUAUGGUCUUUAGGUAGAGUUGGUGAUCCUGCUUUAUUAAAAGAAAGAGGACUUCCUUUAGUUGGUCCAUCUGCUAUUUACUAUAAUGAAAGAUCUCAAAAGGCUGCAGAAGAUGCUGGAAAUCAUAUUAGAGCUUUAACUGAAGAAGAAAUUCAUGAUAUUAUCUAUAAUCAAUUUCCAAAUGCUGUUAAAAAUGCCAUUAAAGCUGGUUUUGAUAUUGUUGAAAUCCAUUCUGCCAAUGGUUAUCUCUUGGAACAAUUCAUUCAACCUUCUUCAAAUCAAAGAACUGACAAGUAUGGUGGAUCAAUUGAAAAUAGAACUAGAAUUGUUUUAGAAAUUAUUGAUAAUUUACUUAAAGAAGGUAUCGAUGCUAAGAAAUUAGCCAUUAGAUUAUCUCCUUUCAAUACUUUCCAAGGACUUUUAUCUGAAAAGGAAUCAGUUCAUCCAAUUGCAAGUUAUGCAUAUUUAUUAUCUGAAUUACAAAGAAGAGCUAAUGAUGGUAAUGAAUUGGCUUAUAUUUCUGUUGUUGAAAAUGAACCAACUGGUAAAGCCAAUGUUGAUUUCUUUACUCAAAUUUGGCAAGGUAAGAUUUUAAGAUCUUUUGCAUAUUCUAGUAGUACUGAUUUUACUAAUGUUGUAAAAGAUGUUGAAGCAAAUGAUCGUACUAUUAUUGGUUUUGGUAAACAUUUUAUUGCUAAUCCUGAUUUAGUUGAUAGAUUACAAAAUGGUUAUGAAUUAACACCUUUUGAUGUUUCUACAUUUUAUUCUUCAUCCAACUAUGGUUAUAACACUUAUACAAGUUAUAAUCAUAAAUUGGAUAUUGACGUUGAGGCUGAAAAGACUCAUAUUGGUAAAGCUUUAGCUUAA